CGAGCAACAAAUCUGAAAGAGCUGCGCGGUUUCACUGAUCUCUAGCACACGUGGACCGUCUGCGAAACGGCCCCCCCGUAUGUGAAACGGCCCCGUCAACCUAGUACAGAUCUGUGCAGCCCACCGCCGUGUUCUGGUUCGCUAGUGGGUUCGUUAGGGCCAUAGUCAGAACAGCCUCUUGUUGAUUAUCUAUGUUCCCAUCAUGGUUAUUUCAGUUGAAGACGUUUCUUCCUCCCUUGUGCGGGAAUACCUGAGUCGAAAGGCUCUGGUCGGUCACAGAACACGGUAUAACAGUACUGCUGAUGUCGGUAUUGAUGUGCAGGGACUCAAGAAGACUAUUGCCUGUAUGGAUGAGGAGCAUCCACGCACAGAGGCCAGUAUUAACAACAGAUCACAUCUGAGGCAGAUUCUCAACAUGGAGGAUCUCUAUAGAGAGAAUAAGGUUCAGAGCUCCCCCCUGAAAACUUUACUGGAGAUUAUUGUAAAGCAUCACAUCGCGGGCCCUAAGAAUGACAACCUUACCAGCAGUGAAAUUGAUCCACUGCAUUCUGCUCCAGCUAUCAGCUCAGUUGCUUCUCGUGCAGUAACACCAACAGUGAUGAAUGACACUAAGACAGACGGUAGUACAGCAGCCUUUGUUAUUGGCAGCCACAUCAAAUUGAGGUCUGAUAUAGAAGAAGCAUGCCCUUCUCAACCUACAAAUACCUCAUUAUUGCCUGAAACAGACAGUCUGUCUGGCUAUAAUCAAACAGGUUUCUGGACCUAUGAUUCAGUAGACCACAAAUGCAAUCCAGUGUUGGCUCCCGCUAGGGAUAAUGAGAGCUUCAUGAGAAGAGAACCUGAAAAAAAGACUCCCAUCGCUGAGAGCACCCAAAGGAGCAGAACUAAUCGAAUUAGACGUGGCAUGAUGGCUGGACCAAUACCUCGUACACCUCAGGAAUCAAACAAAAAAAGGCAGAGUCGAAGGGUAGAAGCGCCCCAGCUGCUGCUCAGAAAACAAGAAGAACUCAGGCAGUCUAGGGACGGACCCUCCACUACUGGCUUGCAUCCAAAAAGCUUAGAAAGUGGCCUAACUGAAAUAAGAUCAGUUGACUGCGUAGGAGGGAGACAGGAAUUGCGAAGUGCGCCAGUGAGAAUGCAGAGUGAAAACAGCUUUGAAAAAGUGGGACAGCACAUACUCAAGACAAGAAAAGUAAAGACCAGGCCAAAUGAGACUGACUUGGAUGUGUCUGAGAUGGUUUUAGAUGAUAUUGAUGACGAUGACGAUCUGCGAGAUCUCUCCAGAGUGUCCUUUCAGAGAACCAUCACAGAGCACAGCUAUGCAGGCCGCCCGAUGGACCAACACACUGCUAUUGAAUUGAAAGCGGUUCUUCUUGGCUCCAGCCUAAAUUAUUUCAGUGUUGAGUGGAGGAAUCAGGGCUUCGCAUUCUCAGAAACGCAUGACCUGAGAUAUGGAAUUGUUCAGAAAAAGGGUGGUCCUUGUGGAGUUCUGGCAUCCAUCCAAGCCUUUGUUCUAAAGAAACUGCUCUUUGAAAACAUCGAAAGCAGUAAUGCAGGCCUUCAGUUAAGACCUUCCAGCAAUACCAGAAGAAAGUGUCUUGUUUUAGCGGCGGCUGAAAUCCUGUGGAGGGCUGGCGAGGAAAAACAAGCUACACUUGCAAUAAGUUCAGGAAGAAAUCAUUUCACCCCAACAGGACACUACAAAUCUGAAGGAGUGCUUGAAAAGAUAACAUAUUUCACUGUGGAUAGUAUCAAGGAUCUGCAGUUGCUUCUAGAGCAGCAUAUUGAGCAGUUUGAGACUGGCGUGUUAGGAUGCAUACUGCUGACCAUAUCUGCUGUUCUCUCUCGAUCUAUUGAAAAAGUAAGAAAAGAUAUGGACGUGCCCACCACCACACUCAUUGGAGCCCAUGGUUACUGCACUCAGGAGCUGGUCAACUUGUUGCUCUGUGGCAGAGCAGUUUCUAAUGUCUUUGACAAUGACAUGGAGUUAGACUCAGGCAAUAGCAACAUGACUCUACUCAAGGGAAUCAAAGGCCACUGUGAAGUUGGCCUGCUGUCCUUGUUUGAACAUUAUAACAUCUGUAAGGUAGGAGCUUACCUGAAGACUCCCCAUUACCCCAUCUGGGUGGUGUGCAGUGAAAGUCACUUCAGCGUGCUGUUUAGCCUGCAGAGGGAGCUGUUGACCAAUCCGGACAAAGGUCCGGGUUUUGACCUAUACUAUUAUGACGGACUGGCCAAUCAACAGGAGGAGAUCCGCCUCACUGUCUCUGUUGGCGAAUCGGCCGUGAGCUGCCAGGAUGCUGACACUGAUCUCAUUCCUCCACUGGAGCACUGUAUCCGAACAAGGUGGACAGAUGCAUUUGUCAAUUGGAAUGACACAGAACCUAUUCUCUGACUGAUCACAUGGAUUGAUGUUAUAUUUAUCUAUAUAUUUCAGCAUUACCAUUUUUUUCCCUUCUAAGUAAGACCCAGUGUUGGGCAGAUUUCACUUUGUUCUGCCAUUUGUUCACGAGACACCACGGCCUAGAUGUUACAUAUCAAACAAAGUAUGUGCUGCUGUAAGGGUUUGGGCCAAAACUAGGAUAUGGCAUAUCAUAUCAGUCAUAAAGUCACAUGCUGUUGCCAACAAAAUGAUAUUUUGAGAGAAUGCAAUAACUGUUUUUGGAAAGUUUCAGCAAUAAUGAGUAAACAUGAACAGGCUUGGAUGGAAACUCUUAUAAGUCGCCUGUGAAAUGCAAGAAGAUAAAAUAUUGAACACAGUGGCCUUUUACUCUCUACCUAUACUUUUAUCGUACAGAUAUUGCAGAUUGUUGUCCAUAUUUUACAUAAAAAAAUACAAUUUCCCUUAUUAUUGUUUAUUAUGAAUGAAUAUGUGAUAUUUUAAUAAAAAAAAAUUGGAAAAAUUACUAAAAAUGUAAGAUAGAUGUACUUUAUAAAAUAUUUCCACACCAUGUCUAAACAAAUUUCACAUGAUAAUUAUGAUCUUGUUUUACCAUAUGGUUUUAAAAUGGACAAACAUCAAAUUGCCUUUUAUUACACGUGCACACUUGAAAUGAGGUAAUCUGUUGGGUUGUAUUGUAUAUGUUUUCUUUGGUCCAGUUAUAAUUCAGAUGUGCAGUAUGAAGAUUACAUAUACUGAUAAGUAUGUGUGUGUUUGUGUGUGUGUGUUUGUGUGUGUCAAAGAGCAAGACCCGAUAAAGGCUCCAGACAUGUGUGUUGGUGAAUGUGGCACUGAAUAUUAUACUAUAUUGCUUAUUGCCUUGAUGAAUUUUCACUCUUGACAGACCCCUCAUCUGGAACAGAUAUUUAAAUUACUUAAUACCACAACUGUCUCGACAUAGUGAUGGUUGUUUUGCGUCACUCUCUUGCAACUCUCCAUCACUGUGGCUUUAUAAACACCAUUUCUUUUGCUAAGGAGAUAUGUUUUUUUUUUUUAUUUAAAUCUUUUUCAUGAAGCUUUUUGCCUGUCAACUAGAGGACAUGAUGAAAAGUAUUGAAUCAAUCGCUCUAAAUAUAAUUAAAUAUGGAAAUGUUGAUUACAAUUACUCUACAUACAUUUUGUUACACCGGGUUGCAAGUUUAUUAGGUACACCUGGAUAAAACUAAUGCAGUUUAACAACAGUCCUGCAAUAAACCCAACAGUCAAGAAGGUUAUAUU